GAGCAAAAUAAAUAUUCAUGUAUGUUUAGAAUUAUACAUACAUAUGAUGGCAAAAUUAGUAAGAUCUAUAAGUCACUGUCCAGAUUAUUUUUAAAAAACAACAAUGUUGUCACACAGUUUAAUGUAAUUAGGAGCAUGAGACAAGACUCAUUUCUUAACUACAUACUUAUCUAAACAGGUUUUAAAUAUGUAGUGUGUUGACGCUGGGAGGAAAAGUUAUAAUAGUCAAAUAAGUCAGUACUCAAACUAAUCAACCCUUAAUUUUGUAGUGUUGUUGAUGUACAUCAUUGUCCCACUUUGCAUUGUGCAAAUGAAUUGGAGAGGCUGUUCUCAGCUGCAAAAUGUGAAUUAAAAGUGAACUGUGGUCCCUCAUGAAAGAUCUUACAAAACAUAAGAAAUAGGUUUGAAUAUGUAAAUCUUUGGAAGAACAUUUUGCGUUUCUCUCCAUGAAGUGUAUUUGGCAAUGUCAGAGUGGUAUUUUGAUAAACAUGCGCUGGCACACAAAUUGUACCAUAUUUUGUAAAGGUAAAAAGAGCUCUGAGACAUUAUACAACUGUUUGAUUUGUGUGACUCAUGACAAUUAGACUGGUUCUAAUAUGUAAAAUUGGUGAAAUGUUCCUCCAGUUGAAAAUUUAGCAACUUGGCAGGACUUGCCACAUUACACAGAGGGCGGUAGGUAGGUGGGACAUUAAAAUGGGCCGCAACAGCAAAUUUUUUCCCUAGGGCUUUGUAACAGGUUAAUCAAGCCACACAAGAAGAGAGAAUACAAGGAUGACUGCCAAAUUUAAAUGUAUUCACAGCAUUUGUGGUAAUUAGGAGCAUGUCUGCUACACUAAAGACACGUUUUGAUCAUUGUUACUUCUCUUGGAUAUUUGACUCUCACUAUGCAGGCUGAUGUAUGUGCAGACAUUGACACCAGCAACGGUUUUCAUGUUUUCACCUUCAUCUGCUGGAGGAGAAGAUUUUCUCCAAGUUCACUUUAAAUCUAAGUUUAAGGCUCAUACCUGAUUUGUCACAUCACAAUCGGUCUGGAGGCAAAUCCUUGGCCCUGUUCUUCAAAUGUGGUUUAGCUAACUCAGGCUAACGUGCUGUUAUCAGGCUAAAUAAUCCUGUUAAUUCUCAUCCGACUAGUUUUGUUCUUUGAGUGCAGCUUGGAUUGGUGUGUUAAUCUAGGAUGAAGUCAUCUGGAAUAACAGCACACACUAAUUUUGAGUUGCGUUGAAAACAUGAUCAUUGUUCAUUUGAUUGCCUGAAUGCUGAUGAUCCAGCAUGCACUGGGACAUCAGAUUCACGGACACAAGUCUCAUGAGUGUUCCUGUUACAGACGUCCUUUGUUUUACCUUGUGCUCCACAGUGUUUCCACACGUUCAUCACGUUACCCCUGAAUGUGGCCAGACAUGCAAAUACUAUAAGCCUGCUAUGAAAAUGUAACCCUAUUCAGAUCUCAUGAGGCAGCUUUCAUUGCGUGAACAAUUUUCAGCAAAGUGAGUUCAUUUAGUUUGUCUUUUUUCAGUUGAGUUUAUGUGUCUUUGGUCACAGUAUCUCAAAAUCUGGACUGGUUCGUUCUGUUUCAUAUUUCAUCAUAUAUAUGAAAUUAAAUUGUGAUAAUUACAUCAAUUGAUCAACAUGAUUCCUCAAUAAACAGCAUGUUCUCAGCUAACAUCAUAAUUAUAUAAAUAUUGUUUCACUGAGGAAGCGAACCAUUCAUCUCUGACAAUUAGGGAUUUACCCUAAAAACCUCCAGCACAUUUGAGGGUUUGGGCAUGUUGAGUUUUAAACCAGCUUUGAAGAACCAAAAAGACUCAUGUCUAAUCAUCAACAUUAUAAUCUGGGUAAUUUGGUAAACCAUGGUCUGGUGUGCUAUUUACACUCGUGUGAUGUGGAAACUAGUGGGAGAGAGCUUUUAUCCACUAGUUAAAGUGACAAACGUUUACAUAUUCAGAGAUUCUGGCUUUUUCAACUAGGGGGCAGAGAGGUGUACAUGUCAUUUGAAUUAUUUAACCAUAUAACUGAACUUUUUUUUCUAGAGAGACCACAUCCGACACAAAUUAUUAUUCGGAGAAUUGUUAUUUAUGUGGCAGGGACCCUUAAACACUAUAUCAACAGGUGGUGAUCAGUGUAAGUUAAUCAGCUGUUGGGGUGAGACAGGCAGUCACCUGGCUUCCGUUUGGGAUUUAAUGUUUGAGUGUGAAGCUGGUGCCAUUGUGGAAAAAUGCACUGUUCAGCAUUUUCCCCGGGCAGACAGACAGAGAGAGACGCCCGGUGAAAGCUGUCGAUUUAAAUGAAGCUGUUAAUCUGUGUGUGGACGCACGUUGAGCCCGGACACUUUAUAAAGGUCAUAAUAUUUCUAAUAGUGUUGUUAUUAUCGCCUGUUGUGACAGAGGCGGGUUUAGGAUCGGGGCACGCGGUGAUUGGCCGCGAUGACCCCCCCUCACCCUCCCUCGUGUCACGAUGGUUCCGUUUCGUGCGUAUGCGCAGGCGCAGCGACCCCUCUCUUCUGAUAUUUUAUUUACUCCCGAAACCCAAGAUGGCUCCUGUGAAUGUCUCGGUCCCAUAGCAGAUUGAGGAUGCGAGUAGCUACCGAAAAAACAACUUUUCCCCGACCGUCGCAUCCCCUGGAGUUCAAUUCGUAUGGUGCGGAGGAGGCCCUGACAUCCGUCUAGGCACCGAGCAGCCGUCGGAGCUUCGCGAAACCUUCUUCAACCCACCAAUUUGGAGUAGUUUCGCGAAGUAGCUCUUCUCCUCGCUGUCGCUGUCUGUCCGGAGCGAGGUUCAGGCAGGCAGCUCAUCCAAAUGGCCGAACCGAGAAAAGUGCAAUUUGUCACCCUCUCGGCCUUCGCAGCUGGAGCAGCCGCGGAGUCUAGGAAACGCCGGCUGGAGGAUGAGGCCGACUUCAGCUUCGGUGGAGCCGGGGAGGUCGAGGCAGCGACCGGGGCAGGGGGUGCUGCUAGCAACGGUCGCCUCGGCAAAACCGGCGACAGGGACAAGGCAGGAGCCGAGAACAGGGCGACGGUGCGGCUCAACCUGCCUCUGUCCGAGCCCGACGACCGCUCCUCCGCCGAGUUUAAUUACGGCGAACUCAUCCAAAACCUCCAGGCAAAGAGUAAACCUCCAAGUCUGACUUCAGCCCCCAAUCCCAAUGACCCCUUCGACGAUGAUGAGAGAGAGAGGCUCCAGGUUGAGGCCCUGGCAAAAAAGUUUGAAAAUAAAUAUGGUAACACAGGGAAGAAGAAGAGGAAGGACAGAAUGCAAGAUUUGAUUGACAUAGGCUUCGGCUAUGACGAGACAGACCCCUUUAUCGACAACUCGGAAGCUUAUGAUGAGCUGGUUCCUGCCUCUCUGACCACAAAGCUGGGGGGAUUUUACAUCAACACUGGCACGCUGCAGUUCAGAGCGGCCUCUGACUCCGAGGGAGAGGAGGACAAGAAGCCGAAUGAAAACAGAGAGCAGGUGAUUAAGAAGAGGAAAAAGAAAGAAGUGAACAAUCUGGAAGAGAAGAAUCCGAAGAAAAACAGAGUACCUAAACAAGGAGUGACAACUCUCAACCUCCAUCGACCGGAGAAGAAGAAGAGGAAGAAGCUGAUGAAGGACUCGCUGUACCUGGCAGCCAUGCUCCGCCGCUUCACACGGGAGAAGGAGGAGAUGAGGAAAAGAAACCCCAACAUGGCUCACCCCGGCCUGGCAGGAGGUGUGGCUAACAAGACCCACUCUGCCAACUCUACAAACCACCUGUUAGCCUCUAACUCCGCCCACCCACAGGGCACCGCGGCCAGCAACGACCUCUCGCUGGCAGACCUCACCUCGGACCCCGCUGUGAUGACACUGCUGGGCUCGGCCAACGAGAAGGAGCUGCAGGAUCUCCUAGGCGACCUGGACUUCAACUUGUUGGACACUGACCAGCAGCACGCCAUGGCGACAGCCAGAGAGAACGGCAUUCUGGGAGUCGGUGUUCCGGCUCAUAAAGCAGCAGGAGGAGGGGGCCAAGGGCGAGGCCUGGGGUCUUCCAGCGGACUGUUUUCUCCGCCCCCGCUGCCUGAUGGACUGCCUGCUCCUCUUAUUAAACGCAUCGAGGACCUGCGGGCGGCUUCGCGGCAGUUUGAUCAGGAGGGCAGGAAGAAAUUUUUCACCCUGGACAUGAAUAACAUUCUCCUGGAUAUUGAGCUGCAGGUCCAGGAGCAGCCUCCUGAGGUGCGUUCAGACAUCUACUCGCACAUGGAGGCAUUUGUGCCGUGCAACAAAGAAGCCCUCCUCAAACGCCUGAAGAAGCUCAGCCUCAACAUCCAGGAUGAUCGACUACGGACGCCAUUGUUGAAGCUGAAGCUGGCUGUGUGCAGUGUGAUGCCAGAGCAAAUAGCAAGAUAUAACAUGGACUGCAUGGCCAAGGUUGCAAAGCAGCAGUCAGAGGAGGGCGACAAGAAUGGCUCAGAGGAGGAGGAUGAGGAGAAACCUGGGAAAAGGGUGAUGGGCCCGCGGAAGAAGUUUGUCUGGGAUGACAAGCUCAGGAACCUGCUGUGCAGCUUGGUGCGAGUGAAGCUGAGCUGCUAUGAGAUGGAGAACCAGUGCUCUCAGUCUGUGGAGGACUACCUCAAGGCCUUCUUAGAGAACGAGGUCAAACCACUAUGGCCCAAGGGCUGGAUGCAGGCCAGGAUUCUGUUAAAGGAGAGUCAGGCCGUUCACAGUCACCUCACUGGAAACCUAGUCAAGAGGAGAAUGAUGCCUGGGCCCAAGGCCAAAGCCAAGGAGGGUCUGUGGAUCCACAAACCACCUCUCACCGUGACCUCCUCAUCAUCUCUGCCCACCUCCACAUCCGCUCUGACCUCCAACCGCCAGCCCCCCUCCUCCUCGCCCUCAGAGCCCAUCUGUCUGUCGGACUCUCUGGAUGAGGAUCUGACUGCUCCCUCUCUGGACUCCAUCUCCCACGCUCUGGCCCUCCUCAGCAAUGCGUCUAAGGGCCUCGGGGCCUCAGACAGCCCCCUGUCGCCCCCACCCCUGCAAAUCCCCACCUCCUCUCCUCCUCCCGUCACCCCUCACUACCCCUCAGCGUCUCAGCUCUCUGCCUCGGUCACAUCCACGACGCAGCAUCAUUCCCUGUCUAAGGUGGACACUGCUCCGCUGGCUACUGCGUCUGCUGGGAACUUGCCAACAACAAUAACAACGCUACCAACCUCCUCUUCUACCUCCUCGUCUCCGGCUGUCUCCUCCAUGGCUCGUGUGCAGGCGGCAGGCCGGUCGCUGGCCUCUAGAACUGCAGAUGGUCCAUACGGCCCGAUCAAAGGAUCUGGCAUCGUGGGCCAAACCCAGAAUCAGAGACAUGUUACUAUGGCAUCGCCCAAUCACAGGCCAAGCCUGGUGAUGGGCGGGAGUAGCAAGAUGCAUCCGCACCCCUCCCCGUCGCCUCCGAAGCAACGGCCUCCUCCCACGGCUUCCCCUCUGCUGCCCCCCCACCAGAAGGGCUUUGUCAGCCCAGCGGGGAUACUGGGAACUAUGGGAGCCCCUCAAGGACUGGCUAAGAGCAGUGCCAAAGCCAGCGGCAUUAGCAGCAACGGCAGCGCCGUGAGCAGCAGCAUCACACCUUCUUCCUCCCCUUCCUCCCAGUCCCGCUCUAACUCUACCUCCCACCCUGGUCUGCAGUCCUUCUGCCCUCCCUCCCCAGUGGCGUCCUCGCCGUCCCCCACCUCCCAUACCUCACACUCUCCUCAAGCUAAAUCCCACACACACCACCACCACCAGCCCAACUUCAUCACGCCCAUGCAGGCCACCCUCACCAAGUCAUCCCACAGCAGCAACUCCUCUCCCAUCAUCAAACUCACCCCUCGGCCUCCUGCACCCACUCCGCCUCCCUCCUCCUCCCCCUCCCCCUCAUCAUCACCUUCACACCCGCUCUCCCAUCAGAUGAUCCCCAGCCAACAGCAGCAGCACCAGUACUCCCCCAAAACCCCCAAAAUCUUCAGACCCCCAUACAGCGUAUCAGGCGGGGGGCAGGUGAAGCAGACGCAGGGCAGCUGCAGCUUCGCUGGAGGCCAGAAACCUCAGUCAACCACAAGCAACAGUAGCAUCAACAACUCCAACAACAACAACAAGGGAGUGGUAUCUGUCUGUAGUCACCCAGACAAAACUCCCCCAUCAUCUUCGCCUUCAGUCUCAGCCAAUCACGGGCAGAGGCAGAGGGUGGUGGGUGGGGCCAACCAGGGCUCAAAGGCAGGAAAUGGUUGGGCGGCUUCAGGAACUUUGGCCACGUCCUCCACAACGUCACACCUCUCACAGGUAUCAACAGCAGGCACUCCUCUCCUGGGCAGCCCAUCUGCUCUGCCCCUGGGCUUCGGGAUGUUGGGAGGCCUGGUGCCCGUCUCACUACCCUUCCAGUUCCCUCCCUUGCUCAAUUUCAGCCCUCCUGGAGCCCCAGGGGCUGCUGGCAUGGGCUCAGCCCCCAGCUCCAACUCAGGAUACCCCCUAGCACAGAGCGACCUAAUUGAUCUGUAUAAGAGUCUCCAGUCAGGGUCGCAGGCUGCCCUACCUCCUCACUUGCAGCUUGCUUUCUCAGAUGCGAACCAAAGCCAGGGUGGAGACAUGAAGAGGAAACCCCACUGACCAAUAACAGUGCAGGAGACGGACACCUGGUGGGGUGACAUCACAGCCUCCUAGACACAUCUACCAAUAGGAGUCUUCACUUUGAUUGACUGACAUGAUGAUGUGGUAUGGGGGGGACGGGGCUCCACUGCCUCUUUAAAAAAAAAAAAAAAAACGGACCUAAAGGAGAAUCAUUUUAUCCUCUCUACAAGUGGCAAUGAUGAAUUAAUUUAACUGUAUUUUCUAAUGAACCGGGUAUGAGAACAAGACGGAGUGAAUGAUGAGAACACUUACUUUUGUUCGGCUUAUUUUUAUUUUUUGUCAACAUGUUUACAUAUGACCGACCUUGAUCACUGUGGAAUGAGUGUGAGCGAGGUGGUGGUGGUGGUGGUGGUACAGAUGAGAGUAGUAGUACGCUACGUAAUAUAAUUUGUAUUUAAGCUUAUGUGGAGUAACAGGACUCUUGUUCUUGCAGUACAAAAAGAAAAAACAAAAACAGACUGAGUAAUGAAUUUUUAUUUUUCUGUCUUUUGUCUCAGAUGUGGGAAUCGUCGUGUCCGUAGAAAUUUUAUUGUUGGUCACCUCUGCUCCCACAAAUGACUGUUAAGUAGUAGCUUAAAUUAAUAUUGAUAAAUUAUUUGUAAUUUACACAGGGACAGCAACAUGUUAUGGUGUGUGUGUGUGUGUGUGUGUGAGAGAAAGCGAGAGAGAGAGAGAGAGAGAGAGAGUGGUGAGGUUGAUUUAAAUGUGUGUUUGUACAUAAAAAAAACACAAUAUACUGUUAAUUUCUUUCCAGAUAAUUCUGUAUGAAUGGGUAAGGACGUGUAUCCCCUUUUCACAAUAAUGAGCGAGUGUAAGUUUGAUGCCCCUCUCUUGCUCAGUGUGUUUUUGGUGCUGUUUAAUCACACUGGACCUUUUCUGGAAAAAAGACUUGAAUUGAAAAAGUUUUGGGCUCCUCUUCUGGAGAGAGGAGCCACUUGUGAGAGAGGGGGGAAACGUCAAGAUUGUAGCCUACUUGAAUUUUUUUUUUUUUUUUUUUGUGAGUUCAGAUUUUUUAUUUACCUUCUCUGCUUAUUGACUCGAACCAACUUAAUAUAACACAACGCCUUAGUUUGUAUUGAAAAAGUAUGAAAAAGAUCUAUGCAGGACUGUAAAACGCUCAAUGCAAAAGUGCAAGUUGUCGCUUGGCUUUCAACCUCUACUCAACUUGUCAGUGCAUUUUUCUGGAGUUGUGAAUGUUUGUAGAUGUUAUUAUGUCACUUGAGACUCCUCCAUUUCCGGUGUGUGUUCAGACAGAACGUGACGGUGAAUUUGAGAAGCAGGGCGUUGGCCUGAUUACACUCAAGGUACAAAUUGGCGUGAAAAUGUUUCAACUUGAGCAAAAACGUUUUGCUGCAUUCACACAAUGUUAGCAGAAUGGGAAGGAAAGGGAAAAAAAAAUGCUUUUGCCAGCUUGGGAAUGUUCAGGCAUUAUUCCAACUAAGUUGUCAACAACUUGCAGGCUAAGACCGCUGUGUUUUUACACAAGUGGUUGCGUGAGAGUUAAAAAAUACUACGCAUUGACAAUAUAAUGGCAUAUCUGUUAAAUGGGUUUUAUUUUACUAAAUGGUCUUUGGCUGAUGUUAGGAGACCACUUAUGAUUUUUAGACACCUCCAUAUUACUAAGUUCCAAGUUGGAUAUAGUGGAGCUUUCAGAAAAGUAAGGAUUUCUCAGUUGUGAUUACAACUUUUAGGUUGACAUGAAUGCUGUUUAUAAGUCAGAAACUUGUAAUUUUGAUAAUUAUCUAAGGAUACGUCAUGAAUGUGGCAUUCGCACCUCUGCUAGCCUUGUAGUCACACCAAAUAAAUAAGCUUCUUUUGUUGUGUUACGUCAUUGUCAUAGUUGUUACCGAGUGAAACUAGAUACGGUGUGUGGCUACUGUAAAUUUAGCUGAAUCGAUUGUUCUAGUGUUAAUGUUGAAUUGUACUUGUAGACAUUCUGCCAGCAGUUUGUUGACAUGUCUAUGAUGUUAGUCAUGUUCACCAAGUGGGAGAUAUUGUCGAUGUCAGAAAUUCAUGAUAUUUCCAAGAGCGAAAAACCAUUCAGCCUUCCAAGUUGGAGAUGUUAACAAAUUUCUGAUGCUGGUGAUUUAGCUAAUUUUAUAUAUUAGCUACACACAACACUUUUUGUUUAUAUCUGUUUAUAUUUGGUAACUGCUACAAAUACAAAACAUAAAAAGUAGCAAAUUUAAGUUAAAGGCUAAAGACCUUGGAAUAAUGCAUGAACAUUUUUUUUCUCCUUGUGAAUGCAGCAUUGUCCCCGGGCUUUAUGAGUAUACAUAAACCUACAGAAAGGAGAAGAAUAAGUUUGGAGGCUGAUGUGAACACAAACAAGACAGAAAUGGUUGAUGUGUCCGUUGCUGGUUUAUACGUUGGCUGCAAAAAACUCCAAUGGUCAAAAAAAAAAAAAAGUAAAAAUUCCCCUCGCUGUUCGUUUGAACACCAUGAUAGAGAUAACCUUCCCUCUGCUGAAUACCUCUGUUAACAAAACUGUUCUUCCUGAGUCUCUCGCUGUCCCCCCCCCCCCCGACUAGUUCCCUGCCCUCUUCCAUGUGUGUCUGACUGACUGGCAACACCAAGAACGACGCCAAAGAUUGCUCCCGUAGUCCUCUUCCGUAGAUGGGGGUGUUGUUGGUCAGUGUAUGUGAUUGAUCUUCCCCACAUCUGUAAACCCAUGAGUGUCAUUGUGAAGUCAUGUGACCGGAGCAGUGGGUGACAUCUUAUAAAUUGUGCUUUCUUUUGGGGGUGGGGUGGGGGGAUAAAAAUGACAUUUCGUGGUUAACUGGUUACUAUUAUUUGGUCUUUUGUAGAUUAUUUUUGUGUGUCAAAUAUGAAAUUAAACAAAACAGGUGGUUUUCA